CAGGAACUGAAACGUGUACCUAGGAACUGUUUGUGUUAUUUGUUUAUUUAAGCAAGCAAUAUUCUAGUUUUUUACUAGUAGUUACGGAUAUGCCUAGAUACGAGCUAGCUUUGAUACUCAAAACGAUGCAAAGGGAAUAAAACACUAGGCUUUACUAGACUGUCAACUGCAACUACUGUAAGAAUUUCUCCUGUACACCAUCCCAGUAAAUGGCCUUGGAUUAUCAUUAACAUAAAUUGGACAACGGAAAUUUUAUUUUUUUUUACCUACCUGGGAUCCUACAGUUUCCUAGACAGCAAACCAAAGGACAAAGUGUUUGACCUGCAUGAACUCAAUACUGUGUUUUUAGUUUUGAACACACUGGAUUUUGUUGUAAGACUGACUUAGUAUUUAGAAAAAUAAUGAGGCCUUCAAUGGAAGCCGCAGACAUUGCCGUUGUGGCACUGUACUUUGUGCUUGUGGUGUGCAUUGGUUUCUUCGCCAUGUGGAAGUCCAACAGAAGCUCUGUGAGUGGGUACUUUCUGGCAGGACGGUCCAUGACUUGGUUUGUUAUUGGGGCCUCCUUAUUUGUCAGUAACAUUGGCAGUGAACAUUUCAUUGGGCUUGCAGGAUCUGGAGCAGCAAGUGGGUUUGCAGUAGGAGCUUGGGAAUUCAAUUCACUUUUGCUUCUGCAACUUUUGGGAUGGGUAUUUAUCCCUGUCUACAUCAGGUCAGGGGUCUAUACCAUGCCAGAAUACCUAUCCAAGCGUUAUGGUGGGAAAAGAAUAAAAAUCUAUUUUGCUGCUCUGUCUUUAUUGGUAUACAUUUUUACCAAACUUUCUGUGGCCCUUUAUGCUGGAGCGCUGUUCAUCCAAGAGUCAGUGGGAUGGAACUUGUACCUGUCUGUAAUUCUGUUAAUUGGCAUAACAGCCUUGCUGACUGUUACUGGGGGGCUGGUGGCUGUAAUCUACACAGACACUCUACAGGCUUUUUUGAUGGUUGUUGGAGCCCUCAUCCUCAUGGUCAUCAGCCUUGUCGAGGUUGGGGGGCUUGAGGGAGUCAAGACCAAGUACAUGCAGGCCACUCCAAAUGUGACUGCAAUUUUGGCUGCCUACAAUUUCAGCUACACCAACAGCUGUCACAUUCAUCCAAAGCCGGACGCACUAAGAAUGUUGCGUGAACCCACUGAUGAGGACAUCCCCUGGCCUGGAUUCCUGUUUGGCCAAACCCCGGCUUCAGUUUGGUACUGGUGUGCUGACCAGGUCAUCGUCCAGAGGGUACUUGCAGCAAAGAACAUCGCUCACGCCAAAGGGUCGACCUUAAUGGCGGGUGUCCUAAAGGUCCUUCCAAUGUUUAUCAUUGUGAUCCCUGGGAUGAUUUCAAGAAUACUUUACACUAAUGAAAUUGUGUGCAUCAGCCCAGAGCACUGCAUGGAGGUCUGUGGUAGUCGGGCAGGUUGCUCCAACAUUGCUUAUCCUCGCCUGGUGAUGAACAUUCUUCCUGUAGGCCUUCGUGGUUUGAUGAUGGCUGUGAUGAUUGCAGCCUUAAUGAGUGACUUGGAUUCCAUAUUCAACAGUGCCAGCACCAUCUUUACUCUAGAUAUCUACAAGAUGUUUAGGAAAAGUUCUACUUCCAGAGAGCUUAUGAUUGUCGGACGUCUAUUUAUGGCUUUCAUGGUGGCUAUCAGCAUAGCAUGGGUUCCAGUCAUUGUGCAUAUGCAGGGUGGCCAGAUGUACCUCUAUAUUCAGGAGGUUUCAGGCUAUCUCACUCCACCUAUAGCGGCUCUGUUCCUGUUAGGAGUCUUCUGGAAGCGCUGCAAUGAGACUGGGGCGUUUGUCGGAGGGAUGACUGGUUUCCUUUUAGGGAGCAUAAGGUUAAUCUUGGUUUUUGUUUACCAAGCCCCUGACUGUGACCAACAAGACAACAGACCGGCCUUCAUCAAGUAUAUUCACUACAUGUACGUGGCAGCCUGCUUAUUCUGGAUCACCGGAAUCAUUACAGUGGUUGUGAGUCUCCUCACCCCACCCCCUACAAAAGAGCAGAUCCGGACCACCACUAUCUGGGGAGUUUGGAACAGGGAUGUGAAGCUUGCCCAUCACAAGGAAGAAUCCUACAAGUUUACUGUCAAGAACCCUGUUGACAGCAACGAGACAUUGGAGCACAAAGAGCUGCCCAAUGGAUUGUACAGAGAGAAGAUCGUUGAUGGCACUGAUGUUAAGCUUCUGGUCUUGCAGGAUUCCACCACCCCUGACUGUUUGACUCCCUGUCCAUCUGAGGUUCAGACCCCCAUGGAACAUUCUGGGAAUGGGCAGGCAAGUCUCAUGAGCCGAGCCUAUGAAGAGGAUGAGAAACCUGAGAGAACCAGCACAUGCUGGAAAGUGGUCUACUGGUUCUGUGGUUUGAAAGGCCAGUCUACCAAGACUUCUCCCAGAGACCCGGUAGAAGAAGAGGCUCGAUGUCUGGAAAUGCUUUAUGAGCCUCCAAAAAUCAAACUAUUGCUAAAUAUAAUGCUUUUUGUGGUGUGCUCUUUGGGGGUAUUUCUGUUUGUUUGUUUCUCUUUGUAGUCCUCUUGUCAUCCUAAAAAAGAUUUCUAUUUACAAGCUGCUGAGGUCUGUAAUAUUUACAGUAUAUUUAUAAGAGUAAGCAUAAACUUUGUUUAACAUUGCAGUUUGCAUAUAUUCGAAUUGCCAUAGUGUGUGCUAUAGUGAAUAAUACAACUAUUUGUAAACCUUUGCACAGUAGGGCUGUCCCGUAGACUUAACGAAGAAGACAAUUUGAACGAAUGACCAAAAAAUUAACUAACUUUGCUCAUAGCUCGAACUUUGCUUAAAGCAAUACAUUAUGAGAAUCUCUUAAUUUCUUGCACUAAAAUUUCGUACAAUUCUGGGGACCAUUGUUGUGUCCAAUACAUAAUUAGUACCAGAUUCGAUUUUAUAGGCCAUGCUUGCCCAUUGGCGUUACAUUAAGGGCAUUGCUCCAUUAUUGGGUAAAACACUUUGCUGCAAUGUUUGUGAUUUGUACUCCUUUAACUAACUUACCCUGUGCAACGGUUAUGAUUUUUCCAAAUUGAACCAAAACCAACUUUCAGAAAAUUCCAAAACCUGACGUGUGUACAAUGAAAGUGUUGGCAGUCUCCGCACUAAGCUGUUAAAGUUGAUCUUAAGUUGUUUCCACUUUUUGCCACAUACUUAAAGCUGCAAUUGUCUACAAAUAAGCAUACAACUUAAUCUAAAAAAGCACUGUAAAAGAGAGAGGGGGUGGGCAUUGUCUGGCUCCUGUUAAAAUACUGUUGCCAAAAAAUGAAAACUGGUUUACAAUAUUAUUGGGAUGUCAUGUAGGCUUAUUUGUUGCUGUGCAAAUUGUUUUGUAGUUCUUCCUGAAGGUGCAUUUUAACUUUGUGAGCAGUUUGUAGAUGUGCACUGUCCUUGAUGCUUUUAUCUAAAUGCACCCUGCUCUGUCAAGAGAAGACAACAAGCAGUUGUGUCGUCUGGUGGAGUUACUGAAUAGAUAUAAUUUAGAACAAAGUGUAAAAGGGUGGAUUAUCUCAUAUCCUUCUGGAGACAAGAUGUCACAAAUUACAAUCACCUUUUUACAUAUUUUAUUCAGUUUGUACUACUCUGCUCAAGUUAUGGAUCAACAAUUUUAUAUUUCAAAGGUAAUAUUUCAGUUUUAAUGUGGCACCAUUCCCUCUUCACUUUUAUAUGAUGUUUUCAGUCGUUGAGUAAUUCUGUUCCGGCACAUGCAGUGUAGCUGUAUCUUAGAUUUCUUGAAGGCAGUGUCCUGAUGGAGCUGUAUAGAGACUUGGAUUUUCUGAGGGAAUCAAACCAGCUUGUAAAUCACUCAAUGCAGAAGGUUAUUGCCAUUGAUUGGUACUCAGUUGCGUAGUUGAGGGAAAUUUUACUUUUGAAUUUAACAGGCUUCAUUAAAUAACUGUGUUGCAAGCAUGUUAAAGGGAAUUCCUCAGAUGUUCUGAGUAUCUACACAGCCCAAGUGUCUGAUUUCUAGAUGACCAUGUGACUUUUCAGGUGUGAUGUCGCAACGGGCUGGCAACAACAUUGUAACAUGAGUUUAUUUUUUUUAAUUCAGAACCUGAAUUUUGUCAUGAGAUGAUAUUGAUUUGAUGGAUGUAUUUAUUUUUGUGUAGUGUGCAGUUCCAAUGUUCUUGCCCUCAGCUUGUGUUCUUCAGAAUCCACGGCCAGGUCAAGACUUCUAUAGAAUAAAUGCUCUUAUUGGUGCAGCACCAGUCAAAGAUUGUCAGCAUCAGAAACUAAAUUUGGUAACUUUUGGGUCCUUGUAAAACUGACCAAUUGCAACUUAUUUUAUUACAGAUGUAUUAAUAAUUAACAUUCUAAUUGAGCUACAGAAGUUCUUUCCAAACACUGUACAGUGAUGUUUCAUUCAAAAACUGAAGUACAAUCCCAUCUGCCCUUUCACAUUGAUUGCCCCACUCCAUUUGUUUUUUGUAUGGUGUUCCUCCAUCAGCCACAAUGUUUGUUUAUUUUAUCUUGGGAGAAUUUAAGGAGUUUACUGCACAUGGAUACUUGACUGAUGUCCUUGAGCAUUAUUCCAUGUGAUUUAAAUUUGAGAAGACUGUUUGUUUUCUCUGCCCUUUUACUGAGUCUGCUGUACCAUCUGUGUGCUAAACAUGCAUUCACUUCUCAAAAUACACUAGUCGUUUUUCUGCUACAGACAACAAUACAACAACAAAUGAGACCUGUCAGUUUCGACAGUACUCCUUUUGGAAAUUCAGGAUCGCUGCAAACCCAUGAAUCAAGCAAAGUACAAUACUAUAACCAGUGCUGUUGGAUAGCUACCGACUGCAGACCCAUUAACAUUGUAGCUUUCUUUUAUUUAAAUAACCACAUUUAUUUUAACUAUUUACAGUUAUGGAGGAUAUAACCGUUACUCAGAUGUUUUAUUUUGGUAAUUUCAAGUUAUUAAUAAGAAUUAAAAUUAUUUAUUAUUUAAAUAGCAAUGAAAAACAUUAGUUUGAGUAAAGAAAACUGAUCAUUCUAAGUGCAGUAAGGUGAGUAAUAAACUCCAAUUAUGAUUUUUGGACAGUUGGUUCAAACAAUUUAACAACAAAUGCUGGAUUGUAAAUACAUAUAAAACUAAAGACAGUCCAGAAAUAGGAAAACAGGGUUUUUAUGCUGGGGUGUUUUAUUUUGGAUGGUAAUAGUAAUGGCAUCAGUAAUUGUAUCCAUUAAAUAUGUGAUUUAAAACUUUUCAUAUGUAUAUAAUAUAAUAAGUGUGUGUGUUUUUUCAGUCUUUUACAUCUGGUCCUGGAUCAAUAUUGUAAAGAAUGUGGGUUAUUUGAACAAUUGUCUUGCUGCAACAUUUAUUCUCUAAACAUAUUUAUUAAUAAAGUCUAAUCGCAAUUCAUAUGGUUUGAGUGACAGAUACUUUAUUAAACAUAAUCGAUGGAAUAUUGAGCAGGGUUCAUUGUUUCCAAAUAGUCCAGAUUAACAGAACUGGCUUUUAAGCAACAGUUGGAGUAUAUUCAAGUCUCCAUUGGGAGCCAUGUUUUCACUCCCACCCCCCUGGGUCUGGGUUGCUUCAGGUUCUACAAACAGUUUUUAUAGCACUUUCCCCCUGUGUAUUCUUAGGGUGUUUCCACUCCUGCAAGGGUUUUGAUUCUUUGAGUUUCUGUUUACCAUGUGUUGCUUCUUUAAACAAGAUAUUUGCGCCUUUUGAUCUAAAUUAAGGUGGUGUUAAUGUUGCUCUCCAAUAUCAACCCACCCAACAUAAAUCUGUUCCUUUUAAACUGUGUGACUGGUUUCAUUCUUUUUAAAUAGUUUGAAUUUCUGGUUUUAUUGGGAAUCAAUAGAAGGGUGUAACGGUAUUCUUUAUUACUUUAAUGUAGACUACACACAGUAAACUGUGUUACUGUUAGACAUUGUGUGUGUGUGUUUUCUUUAUUAAUACAGAUUGUAUAUUAAAAUA